CCCCUCACCACUCUCUCUCUCUCUCUCUUUCUCUCUCUCUCUCUCUCUCUCGGUCUUUUGUUCGACGCAACCCAACUUCCACUUGAUCAUUUGUGUUGGCCUACUGGGCUGGCUUGCAUUGGCUUCCCAUGGCGCACCUGCAGAUGUGGUUUGCGGCCUGUGUGUUGGCCACCCCUACUUGGACCUUGCGCACACUGGGAAGCUAUUCGGAGUUUUGCACCAAGUAUGGUCGCCAGCAUGUGGAUCAGCAGGACUAUACCAUGCGCCAAGAACUCUAUCGUCAACGCGUGGCCGCGGUGCAGGAGAUCAAUGGGCACCAAACCUUGCCUUGGAAGGCAUCGGUGAACGCUUUUGCAGACUUCACCCGUGAAGAGUUCUCCCAGUUGCUAGGACAUCGUCGGGGGCCAGCGCAGAGCCAAAGCUUCUUGCAGUUGAGUGCGAGCUCAGAGGGUGCCUUCGAAGGCAAGCUGCGCUCCCUGACAGAAGGGAUCCUGAGGAUCGUUGGGCUUCACACUCCAGCUGGUUUACCCUCAAGUGUGGAUUGGCGAUCUUUGAACACUAGCGAGUUCCACAAAGUUCAAGGUGCCUGCGGAUCCUGCUGGGCCGUGGCUGCGGUGGGUGCUUUAGAGAUGCAUGCAGAGAUCCAGGCCAAGAGAACCCCGGAGGAGCUCUCCGUGAAGCAACUCCUCGAUUGUGUGCCGAACCCUCGGCACUGUGGCGGCCGAGGGGGCUGUGAAGGCGCCAGCGCGGAGCUGGCGUUCCAGUUCGUGAGCCAACAUGGCCUGACCUCCGCGGAGACCACCGCGGCUCAAAACCUUUGCGCCAGCCCCCCUGCGCCAUAUCUUCGAGUCGAAGGCUUUGGACGUUUGCGGAGCAACCACCUGCGUUCGAUCCUGGAGGCGCUCACCACGCGAGGCCCGUUGGUCGUUGGCGUGGACGCGAGCCACUGGGACCUCUAUGGCCAGGGCGUCUUCGAUGCCUGCGAGCGGGAUGCCACCAUCAACCAUGCGGUGCUGUUGCUUGGUUAUGGACAAGAAGCGCUAGGCUUGCCCUUCUGGCGGGUUCGCAAUUCCUGGGGCAAGGACUGGGGCGAGGCAGGCUACAUGCGGCUCCUACGCCAUGAUGCUGAUUCCGGUGCCGAGGGCUUUUGUGGCGUGGACCGCAGCCCGCAAGAGGGCGUUUGGUGCGAAGGCGAACAGCAACAAGUGCCAGUUUGUGGGAUGUGCGGCAUUCUGUCGGAUGCGACGUACCCCGAGCAAGUCACUCUCGCGGCUUCUUCAAGGGACAGCUUGCCAUGAGGAAACAAGUGUGAGCGAAACCACUGGCUGCCAAGCCAUGCUGAGGAAGCGGCGAGCUGAUUCCGAGUUAGGCGGGUGUUUGACCAUCACCCGGUAUUGAGUGAUCAAAUUCUUGUUCCUGUAGUUCUAUGACUUAAGACAUUCUAAGAGUACACAAGCCCAGCAACUUGGUUGGACAGAGGUUUGUGUGGCACAAAAGUUGCUGGGUGAUGACUGGUUGGAGGUCACUCGAACAAAUUG